AUGUUCGCACAGCUAUCGGGAGUCAUCUUUCCAGGGACUUUGAGAGCGCAACAAACACUUCAGCUGGUCUCCUUCUAUUAUAGCGCCAUUGGCCUCGUCGUCGCCUGGGCUUCUUGGAGAAUAUGGACCUUUACGGUUCGACCAGCGCUCUACCCCGAUGAACCAAAGCAGCUGCCGUAUGCCAUACCAUUUAUAGGACAUGUUGUAGGUUUUAUGAAGGAUCAUAACCGUGUCUUUGACUGUGGGCGCGAGUAUUUUGGCAACACCAGAGAGCCUUUCUCGUUGACGAUCAUGGGUGAGACCAUCUAUGUUGUCUCCUCUCCCCGGGACAUUCAGACAAUCUACAAAAAACCGAAGGCCAUAUCAUUUGACCCAUUCAUCCAGCAAGUCCUAGCAAACCAUGGCGCAACCCCAGCCACCAUUGACAAGAUGUUUGGGAGUUCAUUAUCGGCUUCUGGUCGCAAAAAUCUCAUGGACCAGUCUCACGACGAUUGGAAGUUUCAGCUGCAACCCGGUGAACAGUUAACAAUCCUGCAGACGAAGUUUCUCAAUAACAUCGAAUCGUACCUUCAAUGGGACAAUCUCCCACCCAAGGCGAUCUUGUCUUCCUCAGAGUCACAAGCGACUGUCUCACUUUGGGCACUGUGCGGCGAGACGCUUCUGAGAGCUGCCACAAGGGGCUUCUUUGGAGAUCGAAUUUUUGAGAUCGCCCCUGGAAUCUUGGACGCCAUCUACGCGUUUGACAAGGAUAAUUGGAAACUUAACUACCAGUAUCCAUACUUCGCGGCCAAAGAAAUGUACGAUGCAAAGAAGAAGGGUGUCGAGUGUAUUCAGGCCUAUUUCAGGACAUCUGAAAGAGAUAAGGAAGAGACAUCUUGGAUCAUGAGGACCUUACAUACCAACUUUCGCUCACUGGAUAUCCCGGAAUGGGAAUGCGCCAGCUUGGUGUGGAUGAUAUUCUGGGUCUCCAAUUCAAACGCAUUCAAAUUGUGUUUCUGGUACAUCGCACAUCUUGUACAUGACACCACUCUUCUUCGAGCAGUCAAAGAGGAAACCAACCCGGCCUUCACAGAUGACGUGGCUGAUAUGGACUAUCUGCUUGAGAAAUGCCCUCUCCUCGAAUCCAUCUACGAAGAGAUCUUGCGCAGUCUCUCUGAAGCUAUAGGAGCAAGGACAACUGUUUCCGAUUCUGUUGUUGGAGACAAAGUCAUGAAAGCUGGCACCAAAGUUCUGAUGCCAUAUCGUCAGUUGCACCUCGACGCAGACGUCUUCGGUUCGGAUGCUCGGACCUUCAACGCAACACGGUUUAUGGAAAACAAGCAAUUGUCCAAGUCCACCAACUUCCGACCCUUUGGAGGGGGUUCAACGAUCUGCCCAGGCCGUUUCAUCGUCCGGCGCGAGGCAUACCUGUUCGUAGCAGUUCUCCUUCAGCGUUACGAGAUAGCACUGGAUGGUAGCCAAAAUCUACCCAGGGUCAAUGAACGGGUACCCACGGGUGGCAUUCGAACACCACGGAUGGAAGACGAUCUACAAAUCCGUCUGACCCGUAUUCGGUAA